GCUGUCAGCUUGACAUUCGAUUUUUUUUUCCAUCGAAUCAUACCAAACCAGACGCUCUCGGGUUGAUCACGUCCGUGCGAGUUGUGCGCUAAUUUCCAGUAAAUUCAAGUGCGAGAUCUUGUGGUGAAAAGCAAACACCAAAGUCAUCAAGCAAGCUGUGUGCCUCUUCGCAUCGUUCAGUUCCGCGGAAAACCGGCGCGAUUUUGGCUGUUGAAUUGGUGUUGAGCGCACCGAUCGUGUUCGUUUCGUUCGGCUGGUUCGUGGAAAAGCCAAGCAAACCUCGCUAUUGUGGCGCAAGUUCGCCUAGUUCGGUGGUGACGAGACACGACACACAACAGUGCCGUGCAUAGACGUUGUUUGUGUGUGCGUGCAUGCGUGUGGCUACAUCACUCUUGUCAGAGUACAACACCCGCUCGUUCGCACCGUCGUUUCCCGGGUGGUCCGUUGGAUUCAGCGGAAAUCAAGCCAUUGAGUAAGUGCGCGCGCGAGAGUUGAAACUGUUGAAAGUGUUGCUACAGACGUGAAAAAAAUGUCGGAAUCAAAAGCGGACCCAGCACCGUUGGUGGAAGAUGCGAAGCCGGCAGAGGUGGAGACGCCACAAGUAGGAACACCGACGAAGCGCACUCCAAAAAGGAAAGCAGAUACCUUCAAAAAAGAAACCGAAGAGCUCCUGAAAACUCUGGGUGUUUCAUUGGAAAUGGAGAUGGAAGAUGGACGACGCCGUACUCGAUCGAGCGCACGUGGUGGUACACCGACUAGCGCAGCAACAACCCCACCGGCAAAGCGUGCUCGUGGCGGUGCCGCCGCAUCGUCCACCCCGAAGAAGCCCGAAGAAUCUAAAUCGCCCAACACCACCACAACCACACCGAAGAAGCGUGGAACGCAAGGGGAACGCAAAAGGCUGCUGGUGCUGAUGGAUCCAGCACUCCCCAAAGAGUACACCGACAACUUGAAGGACUCGACGACCGGCGAGAAUAAGAUGGAUAACACCGAGACCGAGGCAACAGCGGCGGCAACUACUACCACUACCGAUGUGACAGAAACCGAUGCUGGAAAAAUGCCGGAAACGACUGAAUCAUCAAAGGAAGCGCAGCAUAAGGACGAGGUGAAGGAAAAGGAAGCUAAUACAGUAGAAGAACCUGCCAAGAAGGAGGAUGUGGCGGUGGUCGAGGAAAAGAACGAGGAAAAUACUAGCGUUGCCAAGGAUAAAGAUACUACUACCUCGAGCAGCAGUAGCACAACGGCAGAUCAAACGGAUGCUAGCGGUGUUGCGAAGGAAAAAGAAUCGCCAGUAGAGGAAAAAGUGAACAACAGUGGUACGACGGAUGCACAAAAGGUAGAUGAAGCGAUGGAAGUUGAUGUACAGAAAGAUGAUUCUAAACCGGCAACGGAAAAGAAGGAAGAAGUGGCGAUGGCCGACGUUCAACCGGAGCGUGCAUUAAAUGAAGCGGUGAAAUAUGAAACCAAAUCCGAUGAAAUAGAUGAAAAGAAAGAAGAGGCGGUGGAGACGGCGGCGUCAACGGUUUGUGAAAGCAAUGGAAGCGAUAAAGUCACCGAGUCGGUCGCCUCUCCGAAGAAGGCUUCUGAAGCACCGGAAGCAGUAGUGGCCACCGAAGAGGCAAAGGAAGAGCCUCCUCGAGAGAACGACAAGGAAUCAGCGGUAAAAGCGGAUUCCGCUGUCGUUGAGACAGCUCCGACCGCCGUUGUGCAGGAAACAACGGAUUCUUCUCCCACAAAGAAUAAGGUUGAGGAAAGCAACAGCACAAUGGAGGUGGCGAAAGAUGCAGCUGCCGAUGUGACGGUGAACAACGUGGUGACAGCCGAGACCAAUAACGUGGAAAAAUCUGCCUCGAUUGUAGAUACGAAGAUCGUUGCGAGUGAAGAAGCACCCAAGAUCGAACCGUCACCAGCAACAACAGCGCAAGAAACGGACACUGUUGCCGCCAGCAAUUAGACGAACUAGACGGACUAACUCUAGCGUGUAGCCGGGGAUGUUUCUUUUGUGUUUGGCUCGAGUGUGGCUACGCAAGGAAAAAGGGAAAGGGACUACUGAUGUUGGUCAUCUCGCGUAACAGUUCAAAUUGGAAGGAUUUCUUUUGUUAUUUUUUUCUACGGUUAAUUUCUUUUUCUUUGCUCCUGCACGCAAUUAGGGUUACGUGCUUUACUUCUAGAGUUACACUAUUCAUAUAUUCACUUGAUAAUUUGUUCACUUUGAACACAGCAAGCGCGUGUUCUGUAAGUUGGUUUGACACAUUUAUUGGGAGUUUGCUAAUUCUCCGGAUCAGGGAGAACUAGUGAAACAAAUCAGAAGAAAAGUUAGUUAUUGCCAUCGUAGGUUAGUGUUAAGGACCAUCCACCCCCCUCCCCCCCCCACACAACUUAACCACAAACGCUGGAGAUGAAAAAAAUGCGCGAGCUACAGGGUAGUAGAAAUACUAUAGUAUAGGUUUAGGGUCGUUGUUAGCUAGCUGGAUGAAUGAUAUGUUGAGCGUUUCGUAGGUGAGGGUGUAAUUUUGGGAACACAGAUUCUACACAGCGGUAGCGGCAGAACAUUUCGAGAUGGUUACCCAUGUUUCUAUUUUGUCACCCCCUUUUCAUAUAUGCCUCGUUACGUUUGCCCCGUUUGUUGUUUUAGUAAUCGUGUACUAUACAAUUUUACGAUCGAAGGGCAAGGAACGUUAAAACCUAUCAAACACUAGUAAUACGGUCAAAUACGACUAACAAAAAAAAAAUAUAAUAAGGCGAAGAGGAAUCGUGUGCUUAAGCAAGUCUUCGCAAAUGUACAUUUCAGCUUGAGAGGAUUGUGUAAGAGUGAAACCAUAUUUACAUUACUGUCGCGCACUUAACAGCAGAGAACGAAACAUCUUUUAUCAAUUUUAUACUCCGGAAUACACGAGCGAAGGACACUUCUAUACACACACACGACACAUAUGUGCCCUACAGCGCAACAGAUAGCUGUGGCGGGAUGUAAUAUAUAACAAGCAAACAAAAUCGAGCAUCGUGUGCGUGUUGGUGGUGCACUCGGCGCAGACAAAAGGUACAAAGCAAGAAUGCGAUUUUUAAAACAGAAAUUUAUAUACAAUCAAUCGGUAAUAUUUAGAUAUUGUGCCAGUGUUUACCACGAUGCGAGUGCGUGUGUACUGAGCGAGAACAAUCUCAGCGGAACGGUUGUAGAGAGUACGGGAAUGUACAGGCGUCAGGGACAAAGUUUGCCGAUUUUUUUUUCUAUUAAAAUGUUUUUGUCGUAUUAAACGCUA